AUGGACGAUGAGAAGAAGAAAAAGAGAAACAAGAAGAAGAAGAACAAGCAGAAUAACAAACGUGCAGACGACGCUAUACCCACCGGAGUCGCCACCUCCGAGGACGGGAGUCACAUCGGAGACGGUGACAUUGCUCAAGUUACCCAAGUCACAGACGCCAAUGAGCUGCAACCAUGUCACCAGAUCAAUGUAAGUCCGCAAAUAUUCAGAUCCAAGGAACAUCGAUUGCUUCUCGUUUCAUUACAUUCUGUGAUUAUUUCUUCUUCUUUCAAGCAGGCAGAUGAAUCUGUUGUUGAGAACAAGUCUCAGCCAAGCGAGGCGUUGUUGCUAGAAGAAACAAUCAAACAGUUACGCGAUGAGAAUGGAUCCUAUCUUCAGAAAGAGGCUGUUUUCGAAGAUAAUGUUAGACGCUUGGAAUCUGAGAAUGAAGCUCACUUACAGAAAGAGGCACUGUUAGAAGAAAGGAUUGUGCAUUUGAGAACAGAAAAUGAAGCUCACAUACAAAAUGAGGCACUAUUGGAAGAAAAGCUCUUGAAUCUGAGAACAGAGAAUGAAUCUCACAUACAAAAUGAGGCACUGUUAGAAGAAAGGCUCUUGCAUUUGAGAAUUGAGAAUGACGCUCACAAACAAAACGAGGAAAAGUUGGAGGAAAGACUUGUGCAAUAUAAAACAAAGAACGACGUUCUUGUUCAUGAACUGUCUAGUACAGAAGUCAAGAUGAGACAAUUGCUAGAUGAAAGAUCUACCUUCUCCCAGAAAGAGGCCAGUCUAGAAGAUAAAGUUCGACAACUUCAACAUGAUGAAGAAUCCUCAGUGGCUGUGGAGAAGUCAUCCAGAGAAAUGAUUUCUAGCCUAAACAAUGAAAUUGCAAGCCUGCGAGCAAAGGUUACGGAGUUGGAAGAAUCUAGGAGUAAUAUUCUAGAGCAGAACCAGAGUCUGGUUGAAACUGUUUCCAAUCUCCAGGCCCAGCAUAAAACUCAUGAGAGUAACCCGAAGGGUGAUUCUGAGGCAGAAUUAAACUCACAGAUUGAAGCAGCUUGUACUCUAGUUGAAAAGCUUAUCACUGAAAAUGCUGAACUUGUCGAGAAGGUGAACGAGUUGUGUAUUAAGCUAAACCAAUCGCAGCAUGCUUUUGCUUCAUCCCCUGAGAGCAUAGCAAUUGAAGUACAGAAGUCUGAAUCUUUAGAAGAAAUACCCAUACACGACGAGCUGAUUAGAAUUGAUAACUCCAGAGACAUGGAAACCGCAAUGGUAGAGAAAAACUUGUCAGGAGACGAAACAGAAGAAACAGUGCCGGUUUCUAUGAACCCGAAUGGGGAAAUAGAUGUGGAAUCACAGGUUGUAGUAGCUGGAGAAGAAGAAGCAAGUGUUGGUGUGCCUCUGGUGGACGCUCCACUCAUUGGUGCUCCGUUCAGGCUCGUCUCGUUUGUAGCAAGAUACGUGAGUGGUGCAGAUUUGGCGGAAAAGAAAUAG